UGCCUACAUCUAUUUAUAGGCUCCUUGGACACGCUCUUAACUACAGAAAUCCAAACAAACGACCAAAGACAAAGAGAGAAGAAUAAAAAAAGACUGUCACAAGAAAUCGCCAUGGACGCAAGGGUAGUUGUUCCACAGCAAGAUAGAGGAGGAAAGUUGAAGAACGAAGCAGCACAACAAAGGAACCGGCGAGUUCUUGGAGAUAUUGGUAAUGUAGAAGCGGUUCAGGUUGUGGAAGGAAAGCCCCAUGCCCACAUUUCACGACCCAUUACAAGGCGUUAUCAUGCACAACUUUUAGCCAAAGCAAAGGCAGCAUCAGAAAAUAACGAGAAUCUAGUUGCACAAGGUUUUGAAGAUAAGGUAGCUGUAAAUAAGAAAUUUCCUGCAAAAGCUCAGAAGAAAGCCGUUGGUAAGAGGAUUCCCGAGGAUGUGGUUGUGAUAAGUGAUGAUAAUGAAGUAGAAAAUGCUAAAACUACUAAUCCCAGAGAAAGAUCUUCAAGAAGGGAAGUCAAGACUCUUACUUCAAUCCUCACUGCUCGUAGCAAGGCAGCAUCUGAACUCAGCAUUAAGCCAAAAGGUCUGAUUGUGGAUGUUGAUGCAGCGGAUGUUGAUGAUGAACUAGCUGUGGUUGAAUACCUUGAUGACCUCUACAAGUUCUACAAACUGACAGAAGAUGAGAGUCGCGUUCAUGAUUACAUGGGUUCUCAGAAAGACGUAAAUUCUAAGAUGAGAUCUAUACUUAUAGAUUGGUUGAUGGAUGUUCACAAAAGAUUUGAACUAAUGCCAGAAACCAUCUACCUUACCGUGAAUAUAAUUGAUAGAUACCUCUCAAUGAAGAACAUUUCAAGGAAGGAACUUCAGCUAGUUGGCAUUAGUUCGAUGAUCAUAGCAUGCAAGUAUGAGGAAGUCUGGGUUCCACAGGUUAACGACUUCAUUUGCUUAUCAGACUAUGCUUAUACCGGUAAUCAAAUACUUGUAAUGGAGAAAGAAAUUCUGCAGAAGUUGGAGUGGUAUCUAACAGUUCCUACACCCUAUGUCUUUCUGGUUAGAUAUAUCAAAGCUUCUGUUUCCCCAGAUCAGGAGAUGGAGAACUUGGUGUUCUUUCUAGCAGAACUUGGUAUCAUGCAAUACCCUACAGUAAUUUUGUACUCUCCAUCAAUGCUUGCUGCUGCAGCUGUCUAUGCUGCUCGUUGUACCCUCAACAAGAUCCCAUUCUGGAGUGAAACUCUAAAGCACCACACAGGCUACUCUGAAGAACAGUUAAGGGAUUGCUCAAAGCUUUUGGUUCAAUUUCACUUGAAUGCUGCAGGGAGUAAUCUCCAGGCAGUAUAUCGGAAAUUCUCUAGACCUGACCGUGGUGCUGUUGCUUAUUUGACUCCGGCCAAAAAUCUACUGGCUCAAUGUUCAUCUAAUUAGUUAGACCAGGAACCUUAUUUUUUUUUUAUUUUUUUUUUUAUUUUUUUUGUGUAUCCCGAUUCACCGUAUGCAGUUCUAUAUAGUGUUUACUUGACAGAGUUCGGCCAAAAAUCUACUGGCCGGUU